AUGAUUCGCAAACUCUCGACGUUCUACGUGCAGUUGUAUAACAUCGUUGAUGAUCCUUCGUCGAAUCCCAUCAUCUCGUGGAGCAAAAGCAGCCCUAACGGCUUCGUCGUCUGGGACGUGAAAAAGCUUCGCAGAGACAUUCUUAUGAAACCCUCCUAUGGAGUCAUGUUGUUGGGCAGAAAUUCAACGGAGUUCAUCGCGAACCUUCGCUCACACGGCUUUCGAAGUGUCCUCAAGGGCUUUGGGGAGUUGGAGUUUGAGCAUGAUGAUUUUACGAGAGGCACUGUGACGAAGAAGAAGAAGAUGGUCAAGGCUUUGUCCGAGAGGUUUGAUGCUCAAAUCAAAGCCAUCAAGUGUAGAUUCAAACCCAAGAAAUUAGCUUCUCUUAAAGAUGACUUGAUAAUCUCUUCCCCUAAGUAA